UUGUUAGCCACAUGUAAUGUACAUAAAGCUUAAAAAAGUCUAAGAUGAGAUACUAAAAGUUUGCCAAACGAAAAGCAUAGAAGAUGCAGGGCACUAACAGUAGGUGCAAUACAAAGUUAAACAGAUGCAAACUCUAUGCUCAAGAAAUUCUUUUCUUCCCCUUUUUUUCUAGUUUCUUGGCUACGAAGCUUAGUACCAAAAUUGACUUAUUUAAACUUAUUAGCUAAUAAUCGAUUUACGUACGGAGAGACGUUUAUCAGAAUUUCAUAAUCAUGGCAACUUAUUCAUCUGAUUCUGAUAAUGAUUUAACACCUACAUCAAAACUCUUAGGCCGCCAAAGGCCUAUUCAUUCUGUUUUAGGAGGAGGAAAAGUUGCGGACAUAUUGUUAUGGAGAGACAAGAGAUCUUCAGGCGCGAUUCUUAUCGCAGUUGCAGUAAUGUGGUUUCUUUUUGAAGUUGUGGAUUAUACCUUUGUGACUCUGCUUUGUCAUGUUUCCAUCACCACUAUGUUAAUUGUCUUCAUCUGGUCUGCUGGUGCUGAUAUUUUUGGCUGGACACCUCCAAGCAUUCCCAAAGACAUAUUACAAGAUACUUCAUUUGUUGAUGUUGCUUCAAUAUUACACAAGAAGUUCAACAAUUUCCUCUCCAUAUGUCACUUUAUAGCAUGUGGAAAUGAUGCAAAAUCCUUCUUUUUGGCCAUCAUUUCUCUCUAUUUAUUAUCAGUGAUUGGAAACUAUAUCAGCACUUUGAACCUUUUGUUCUUUGGCUUGUUGUGUGUGGAAACUCUCCCAUUUCUUUACGAGCGAUACGAGGAAGAAGUCGACUAUGUUGCAUAUAAAAUGAAGAGACAAAUGAGAAAAACUUACAGGAAGUUUAAUGCAGAUUUUCUAGGCAAAAUUCCCAGAGGACCAGCCAAAGAGAAAAAGGUUAAAUAAGUUGGAAGCACAAAUUUUGGAAGUGGACUAAUGUUGUUUUCUUGGAUAUCCAAAAUAAUGUAAUUUGCAAUUUGAUCAAUGUACAGUAAUUCCAUAGCACACCUUGUAAAAUGUAUUUGCAGAACUAGUCAAAAUUUCAAUGAUAGAAUGUGAAGUUAAAAAUGGGAAAAAGGAACAAAAAGUUGUAACUAAUUAAUGGAU